UUCCAGGUUACAGUCAGUAUGCUCUCAUCACAAGAAGAGUUCUUCGUCCAAUUCAGCAUCAGCUGCUGGAUGCCUUCCUUCAACCUGAUGGUGGCUGCUGAGAAGGGACGAGUGUUGCAGCGGGAUCCGAUGUUCAAGACCGUCCCAAGAUUGCUCUUCAAGGAGCUCCGCCAGCUUCCGGCUAAUGACGACAUUUCCGAUGGUGAAUUGAAGAAGAAAGUCGCGGAUGCCAUCGACCUCUACCUGCCAGAGACCGUCGAGCUUUUGCGAAUCACAUUCCACGAGGACGUGAUGAGAAUCAUCAAGAACCAAGCGGCAAUGGCAAGAAGGGAGAAGGAGCUCAAUACUCCCAAGCUCGUCAAGCCUCAGGACAUGCUCAAACGUGUCAAGCCUGCCGAGAAGAAGGAGAAGAUCAAGCGUGGGAAGUCAGCUAUCAAGAAGCAAAGCCCUGUAGUUGAGAUGCGUGUUUUCAAGGAGAGGAAACGUGCUCAGCCAUGUGCUUCGGACAAUGAGAGUUUGUCGAUUGCUCAGCGCGUCAAGCGCAUUUGUUUGGACGACUAGGAUGUGACAGAGCUUCAUGUACUUCUUCCAUCGACACUUUCCCUCGACACGCCUGCACAUUUAAUUGAAUCAACUCAUUCAAAGUACUGUUUAUCCUAAUUUCACCCC